GCGUAAGUAGGUCUAGGGGAAAUAAAAAAGGUGUAGGUGCAGGGCGCGUCGACCAUCGACCACCAUCCAACCCCCCCGGUUGGUUUUGGCCCCAUGCGCCGCCCCUGCCCGUUGAAGCCGCAGCGCCCCCUCCCUCCCAACGUCCAGGGCGCAGAAAGCGCUUCUCCAUCCUCGCUCGCUCGCUUGUGCUGCUGCCGCCGCGCUCGACGAGGGGGACAUGCCCCAGAUCCAGCCUCCCCUCCGCGAAACCCGCCUGUGCUGCGUCGUGAAUGAACGAGGGGUGGGCGGCUCCGUUUUGGGAAUUGAACCUUGUCUUUAUUCUUUUUAUUUUUAUUUUUGCUUUGCGUCGCUUCUUUGGACAUUGCUCGAUUGACCUUGGCCCGAAUUCGGUCGCUGCUCGUCAUUACUGUACCUACCUUUUCCCUUUGAUUUCAUUUUUCCGGCUUGUUCUUUUUUUCUUUUUCUGCGUUCUCGGUGGUUUGCGAUAUACCCUCCCCCUCGUACGAAUUAUGCCCGAUAUCUGACGACAAUCUCCUCGCCUUUAAUAAUUGACCAUGGGCUGCUGCCUCUCCCGCCCGACGGGGCCCAACUCCCCCUACCCCGGCGGCGACGCUGCCGCCUCGGCCUCGGCCAGCGCUAUCAACCAGCCUCCGAACCCGUCGGCCCCGCGCGUCCUCACCCGCUCCAGCGCCGGCCCCUCUGGCGCCGCGUCUGGCGUCGCCUCCUCCGCCUCCCCUCGACAGACACAACAGCAGCAGGAAAGUCCAGAUCGCCAGCAGCAGGAGCAGCAGCAGCAGCAGCAGCAGCAACGACGGCGCCACCGCCAUAGCCAGCAGCCGCUCUCGCAGCACAUAAACAAGCCCCUCCGCCGCCACCGAUGGGUCUCCCGAGAUCACAUAUGGACCCGCCAAGCCCUCGCUCGCGAGCGCGCCGACUUCUUCGACACGCGCGUCACUGGCCGCGUGGAGAUAUGGCAGACCGUCCGCGCCGCCUUGGAGGUGCUCUGGGAGUCGGCCCCUCCACCGACCGCCUCGGCAAUCUCCCCUGCCACAUCGCCGCAGCAGCAGCAGCCGUCAUCUGCGGCGGGGGCGGCGACGGCAACAGCGGGCGCCGCAGCCGCAGCUAUCAGCAGUAGCAGUGGUGGCCACCACCGCGACCGGCCCGUCACCAGCCCCAUACAGCCGAACCAGGACCAGGACGAGGCGCUGGCCACGGCGCAGAGCAUCCUCAGCGCCGCCGAGAUCACGCUGCCGUCGGGCGACCUGGCGCAGGGGGUCUACGACGCGCUGGGGAACUAUUACUCCCUCCCAGAGUGGGUCGUCUCGGACCCCCUCAACGCCGUCGACGCCGAGGACCUACCGCCGGCAACGGACGAGGAGGAGGAUGAGGAUGGGGACGACGACGACGACGAAGACGACGUGCUCGUUAGCGAUGCUAAGCGCAACGUCUACGUGGCCGCUAGCAGCCCCGCCGAUGACGAUGACGAGGACGAUGACAACGCCGCGCACGGCCGGCGGCGCGGCGAGAAGGGCAAGGGUGUCGCCCCCGCCGUCCCGGAGGAGACCAUCAGCGUGCGGUGCCGGCUUAGCGAGAACGCGCGCGACGUCGUGGUGACGAUUGGGAAGAGCGAAAGCGUCAAGAGCCUGGCGCGGAAGAUUGUUGACGAGGCUAGGCUGCCGAACAACUCUCGUGUCCGCAUAGCGUACCUCGGCAGGAUCCUCCGCGACCACCCUUCGCUGGUCGCGCAGGGUUGGACCGAGGGCCACGUGCUCAAUGCGCUGGUCUUCCACACCACCCCCUAGCGCGCGCACGUCUGUCCAAGUUUAACACCUGGAGAAGUUGUGCACGGGGCCUCGACGCGCCCGCUGGUUGACAUCACUAGCAGGAUACCCCCAUUCUUUCUCCGGAUACCCGUGUUGAUAUAGCUUGGUGUGUAUGCGGAUACUGGAACGCCGUUCUUUUUGGUCGCCACACGAAGUCGACGGGGCCGGCGAAAGAUGGCUACUGACACCAGGGGACUCCCUCGCACUGUUUUUCUCAGCAUGGACUUCACCCCUGCUCGUGAGAGACUUGACCUCUCCUUGGCAGCUCAUCACGAGUGAGAAAGAGGUGUUGGGGAAAGGGCGUUGGCGGGAUCCCUGAAUUUGUCCUGGCUUUUCUGCUGCAUGGUUGGCGAGCACUGCAGUCUAGUCAACAGAGCAGCGCGCUUAUGGUUCUGAAGCGCUCUAGCCUCCCAUCUCCACAUAGCCUGAUGACCACCACCGCCACCACCACCAGACUCCUCCAAAGGGCCCGAGAUGGCCCUUCGUUGGACUGCCGCCUACUCUUGGGCGGCGUCCGGCGAGCUAUUGUGUGCUCUCUUGGCACCACACCACACAUUGGAGCGUUCUGGAGUCUCGUCGCCGUACCCUUUGUACUUGCUAGCGCUUCACAAUCCAAUUGUUCCGACAACAGCCAGGACAUCUCGUCCACUGCACAUAGCCUGUCAGGGCCACUCAGCGCUCCCAUCACCCCCGUUGCCUCUGUCACUCCUCUGGACCUCUACGAGGCCAUGAUCUUUGUAUUCUUUUUCUUCACACUCUUUUUGCCCUCUCACGACCCCUUCUCUUGUCAUGUGUGGCAUUCCGAGCGGACUACGCGCCUUUUUUUUUGGUGUCUUUUCUUUUUUUUUGUUAUAUAAUGACAUGUAGUGUAUAAUGAAUUUAUAUUUUUUGACCUCAUUUUCACCAAUGCAAG